GUUUAAAAUUCGGAGCGUCCAGGGUGGCUGUGAAUAACUGUGUAAAAAUCCGGGAGCCAGAAGACCCAAUUUAGGCUCAUUCAAGAUGGUUUCUCCGUUCACCAACUUGAACAAGAAUGUACGAACAACCGGUUUCACCUUUCUCUACCGAACGCUAGUCUACUCGAGUCUCCAAUAUAAUGUUUGUUCAUUGAUGGUCGAUGCCCUCUUGACUGGUGGAAGGACCUGGAAGACCAUCCUCAUGCUCGUAUUCUGGCAAUGCUCGCUAUCAAGAUCUUUUCCGUAAUGGUGAAUUCAAUGGCUGAUGAAUGAAUGGCGUCCAAUUUUACUUGGUUCAACGAUGCUCUUACCAAUUGUCAGCAAGUACGUAGCCUGGUGAAUACGGUACAAAUCUGGCAGUGGGAGUUUUACAUGGCUGAGGAAGAAGGACCUCGGAUGAUCCCUGUUGUCCGUUGGAUGGACAUGGAUGAGGAAAUAUUUGAUCGAGCCAAACGAGUGCACAACGCCGUAAAGCAACAGCCAGAUGUAAGCCCAGCUGAACAUGCAUAUGAUUCAGAUACCAACGACCUGGAAGCGCCCCCACAGAAGGAUUCGGAGGCAACCUUAAUCUAUGAGAUUGAUGGAGGCUCACAGUGGGGUAGUAAUGAGACUCGUGAGCGGACUGCGAGUCAUCUCGAUUUGGAUGAGGAGAUCAAUCUCAGUGCACCAGUGUUGGCGGAUAUGCUCUCUGACAAAGCUUCCACACCCAUUUUGUCACCAAAAGAGAAGCACGCUGCUCCUGAAUAUGCAUCAAGCUCAGACAUGGGAUUCCUGGUAAAAUACGGUGUUUUCACAAUUAUUCACUAGUUUUGUAUACUUUUACACCAGUUAUAAACUGUGUAUAAAUGCCCGUUUAUAAACUGUUAAUAACGGCC